GGCCGCGCGGCGCAUCCUGCAGGCGGCAGCGGCGGCGGCGGGCGCGGCGCCGGCAGCUGGACGCAAGAUGAUGAAGUUUAGGUUCCGGCGGCAGGGCGCCGACCCGCAGCGCGAGAAGCUCAAACAGGAGCUCUUCGCCUUCAACAAGACUGUGGAGCAUGGCUUCCCUAACCAGCCCAGCGCCCUGGCCUUUGACCCCGAGCUUCGCAUCAUGGCCAUUGGCACCAGGUCUGGGGCCGUCAAGAUCUACGGGGCUCCCGGCGUGGAGUUCACGGGCCUGCACCGAGACAUGGCCACGGUCACCCAGAUGCACUUCCUGCCUGGCCAGGGCCGCCUGCUGACGCUGCUGGAUGACAGCAGCCUGCAUCUCUGGGAGAUCAUUCACCAUAAUGGCUGCGCCCACCUGGAGGAAGCACUCAGCUUCCAGCCGCCCAGUCGGCUGGGCUUGGACGGUGCCAGCGGCCCCCCCAGCCUCGCCCGCAUCACAGUGGUCCUGCUAGUGGGUGCUGGUGACAUGGCAGCCCUGGGCACCGAGGGUGGCAGCGUCUUCUUCCUGGAUGUUCCCACCCUGAUGCUGCUUGAGGGGCAGACCCUUGGCCCUGAGGAGGUCCUGCGAAGUGUGCCAGAUGACUACCGGUGCGGGAAGGCGCUCGGCCCCGUGGAGUCCCUCCAGGGACACGUGCGGGACCCCACCAAGAUCCUCAUUGGCUACAGCCGGGGCCUGCUGGUCAUCUGGAACCAGGCUGCGCAGUGCGCCGACCGCAUCUUCCUGGGGACACAGCAGCUGGAGAGCCUGUGCUGGGAGCGCACUGGCAGCACGCUGGUCAGCUCACACAGCGAUGGCAGCUAUGCCAUCUGGUCUGUGGACACUGGCAGCUCCCCGGUAACGCAGCCUGUGGUAGCCACCAUGCCGUACGGCCCCUUCCCCUGCAAAGCCAUCAAUAAGAUUCUGUGGCGAAACUGUGAAUCUGGGGGCCACUUUAUCAUUUUCAGUGGUGGCAUGCCCCGUGCCAGCUACGGUGACCGCCACUGUGUGAGCGUGCUCCGGGCCGAGACCCUGGUGACGCUGGACUUCACCUCCCGCAUCAUUGACUUCUUCACGGUGCACAGCACACGGCCUGAGGACGAGUUCGACGAGCCCCAGGCCCUGGCCGUGCUGCUGGAGGAGGAGCUGGUGGUGCUGGAUCUGCAGGCGCCUGGCUGGCCAGCUGUGCCCGCCCCGUACCUGGCCCCACUGCACUCGUCCGCCAUCACUUGCUCGGCCCACGUCGCCAACGUGCCUGCCAAACUGUGGUCCCGCAUCGUGAGUGCUGGCGAGCAGCAGAGCCCUCCACCUGCCUCCAGUGCCUCGAGCUGGCCCAUCACCGGGGGCCGGAACCUGGCCCAGGAGCCGUUGCAGCGAGGGCUGCUGCUGACCGGCCACGAGGACGGCACCGUGCGGUUCUGGGACGCUUCGGGCGUGGCACUGCGGCCACUGUACAAGCUGAGCACAGCUGGCCUCUUCCAGACAGACUGCGAGCACGCCGACAGCCUGGCCCAGGCUGCUGAGGACGACUGGCCACCCUUCCGAAAGGUGGGCUGCUUUGACCCCUACAGCGAUGACCCUCGGCUCGGCGUGCAGAAGAUGGCGCUCUGCAAGUACACAGCCCAGAUGGUGGUGGCUGGCACUGCAGGCCAGGUGCUGGUGCUGGAGCUCAGCGACUUGCCGUCCGAGCAGGCAGUCAGCAUGGCCAGUGUGGACCUCCUCCAGGACCGCGAGGGCUUCACGUGGAAGGGCCACGAGCGGCUGAGCCCACGCACGGGGCCUCUGCCCUGGCCCGCCGGCUUCCAGCCCCGGGUGCUGGUUCAGUGCCUGCCGCCAGCCGCCGUCACUGCUGUCACGCUGCACACCGAGUGGAGCCUUGUGGCCUUUGGCACCAGUCACGGCUUUGGCCUCUUUGACUACCAGCGCAAGAGCCCUGUGCUGGCCAGGUGCACCCUUCACCCCAAUGACUCCUUGGCCAUGGAAGGGCCUCUCUCCCGGGUGAAGUCGCUCAAGAAGUCCCUGCGCCAGUCUUUCAGGCGCAUCCGCAAGAGCCGAGUCUCAGGCAAGAAGCGGGCCGCUAAUGCCAACAGCAAGUUGCAGGAGGCCAAUGCGCAGCUGGCAGAGCAGGCCUGCCCCCACGACGUGGAGGUGACCCCCGUGCAGCGCCGCAUCGAGCCCCGCUCGGCCGACGACUCUCUCUCGGGGGUGGUGCGCUGCCUCUACUUCGCUGACACGUUCCUUCGAGAUGCCGCCCACCACGGACCCACCAUGUGGGCAGGCACCAACUCGGGCUCUGUGUUUGCCUACGCGCUGGAGGUACCAGCAGCAGCGGCGGGCAGCGAGAAGUGGCCUGAGCGGGUGGUGGAGGCCGUGCUGGGCAAGGAGGUGCAGCUGAUGCACCGCGCGCCCGUGGUGGCCAUCGCCGUGCUGGACGGGCGUGGCCGCCCGCUGCCCGAGCCCUAUGAGGCCUCGCGGGACCUGGCGCAGGCGCCGGACAUGCAGGGUGGCCACGCGGUGCUCAUCGCGUCUGAGGAGCAGUUCAAGGUGUUUACACUGCCCAAGGUGAGCGCCAAGACCAAGUUCAAGCUGACAGCUCACGAGGGUUGUCGCGUACGCAAGGUGGCCCUGGCCACGUUUGCCAGCGUGGCCUGCGAGGAGUAUGCCGAGACCUGCCUGGCCUGCCUCACCAACCUGGGGGACGUGCACGUCUUCUCGGUGCCUGGCCUGCGGCCCCAGGUGCAUUACUCCUGUAUCCGGAAGGAGGACAUCAGCGGCAUCGCCUCCUGUGUCUUCACUCGCCACGGCCAGGGGUUCUACCUGAUUUCCCCGUCCGAGUUUGAACGCUUCUCGCUAAGUGCUCGGAACAUCACAGAGCCGCUCUGCUCUCUGGAUAUCAGCUGGCCCCGCAAUGCCGCCUCUGCCAGCUACAGGCUCCAGGAAUCACCCAAGCUGAGCCAGGCUAACGGGACCCCAGGCAUUGUCCUGGCCCCACGGAGCCACGAUGGAAGCCCAAAUCCUGUCCACAGCAAGGGAACGGACACCCCAGAGCCGCCUGAGGCCACACUCUCUCCUAUGUCCAUUGACUCGGCUACCAGUGCUGACACCACACUGGACACGACAGGGGACGUCACAGUGGAGGACGUGAAGGAUUUCCUGGGCUCUUCGGAGGAGUCUGAGAAGAAUCUGAGGAACCUGGUGGAAGACGAGGCUCGAGCCUGUGCCAUCCUGAUUAAAUGAGGAAGGCCUAAACUACCUGGGCACCAACGGCCCUGUUCGGGAGCUGGGAUCCAGGGCCCUGGCUCGUGCCUGGCCCUUCGCAGAGACCUGUUUGCGUUUAACCUGCGGGCUCCAGUGGCACCUGCCCACCUGGCCCCUGGGCAGCCCAGGGUGUGGUCCUGGAACUUGGCUCAGCGCCUCGGGGGUGGAUUUGGACUGGCCCCUCCUGUAGGCAGUUGGCUACCCUGGAGUGCAGAUGCCACAGGGGAGGACAGCUGGGGCUGGCAGCUCCUGCCACCUCCCACGCCAUACACCAUCCUUCCCCCAUCUCUUUACAAAGAAUAUUUUUCUAAUGCCUGGCCUGGGUAGUGCCAGGCUGGACAGUCAUUUCUAAAACUAUUUUGGUACUUGUUCUUCAGCAGGCCCCCACCCCCGAACCUGUGAAUUGUGUGUGUGUGUGUGUGUGUGUGUGUGUGUGUGAGAGAGAGAGAGAGAGAGAGAGAGAGAGAGAG